GCCUCCGAGAUCGGCACGCCCGUGCACGUCGCGGCGACGGUGGGCCGCCUGCUGCACCCCCGCGGCAGCGCGCGCACGGAGGGGCAGCGCGACACCUUCCGAGAGGCGUGCCCGUCGGAGGACGUGAGGGCGGCGCUCGGCGUGCAGGUCGGCGGCUGGGUGCUCAUCUCGCAGGCCGCGCCCGGCGUGGACGCCGCCGAGAGCUCUUGGCUCGUGCGCGUCGUCGAGGCUGGCGACGGCGCGGUCGUCUGCCCGCUGGCCACCGCGAAGAAG